AUGAUUAAACUAGAAUUUCUCUUGAUCUUAACGAUUCUUUUGUUCAAUGCAAGUAGUUCAUUUGCUAAUAAUUCUCUAUUUGAUGGAGAUGCCUUAUUUAAUUUUCCCAAAGUAAUUGGAAAUUGUGAAUUUCCGAAAGGUGUGGUUCUUCCGCAAAAUAUCACUCCACCAGAAGGCAAUGUUUUUAAAUUUUAUACAAUCGUUAGUGGAUUUGGCGAACGUCGAUGUGUUAAUAAAACAUGGGUAUAUUAUGAAAGUCGCGCAUUACAUUUUAAUAAUGAAAAGGAUAUUUGUUCAUACCCUUCUUCAGUGGUGGCAUCAACAUUUCCAAAUCCAAAUGCACUACCUGGUGUCGUUUCGCUUGGCAUUAGAUCAGUUCUUCCGAGUGAUACCUCAACGUUAAUUACAACUCCAAUUGUUUCCAUUCCGAAACCUGGUCGUCCAGAAGAUAUUGCUUUAGGACUUGAGAGGGUUUCUAAUAACACUGGAAAAGGUGCGUUUGCUGACAUUACUUAUAUUGCUCGUCCUCGUACUAGAGGUGGAAAUUUUCUAGCUGGUAGAAAUAUAACAUGCGGUAAUGAUGAAUAUCCAGAAGGUUAUGUUUAUAGCGAUCCAUUUAUC